AAAUACUGCAAGACACACACACGAGCACACGCACAAACACACCUACCAAACAGGAAGACUAUAUCUGUUAGCCUGACUUGGCUGGGAACUGUCAGCCUGCAGAUUAUCUGUGAAGAAAAGAGGAGUAAAAGUGAACGAAUUAAGCAACAGUACCUUUGGCUUUGCUGUGAAGAAUUCCUCAGAUAACAAAAUGGAAACAUAACCUCAUCAAACCAUUUGAUGGCAAAACAUCAAUUUAUGUCAAAGGAUUUAUUAUAAUUUAUCAAAAUAAAUAGGGAAUGACUGCCAAUCAGCCAAUUAUUUGAUUGUGGAUUACGAGUCCAGGAGCCGGGGGCAAUGCUUUCUAAGUGAUUCCUACAAGCCCAAGAGUCUGCAAUGUUUACUGCCAGGAAAGACAGCCUUCCUUCCCCAAGCCUGGAGGACUCCUUCUUUCCUCUUUCUUCAUCAUCCUCAGUUUCUCUCUCCUUUGCUCUCCCAACAACCUCAUCCUCCCCUGGUAGCAGUGAUAGUGGAGGAGGGAUAGAGACUGACUUGAUACUAGCUGCAGAGCUGGGCCAGGCUUUACUAGAGAAGAAUGAGGAGUUGGCAGCCUCUCUAGAGCAGAAGGAGAAGGAGAUGGAGACUUUACAACAAGAGAAGCACCUUCUGCAGAGGAAAAUGGAGAUGAAAAAACUUGAGUUUGGGCAGAGAGAGACGGAGCUGACAGCAGAUCUUGAUGCCUUGAAGGCUGAGCUGGAGAAGCACCACAAUCAGGGGCGUGACCGGCGAAAAGACGAGAGUGAACAGAUGGCUCAGUUAGCCAAUCAUAACCAGCGGCUGGUGGAGCAGCUAGCAGAGGCUGUAACACUGGAGCACUCACUGAGGACUGAGCUUCGUUCCCUCAGAGAGGAGAUGGACGACUCCUCCUUCAACAGAUCCAUCAGCUUUACACAGUUAGAAAACUUGCAGGCAGAGAACAGAGUUUUGCUUGAGCGGCUGUCACACAUGGAGACACAGCUAAAAGCCUCACAGGACGACAGCCAAAGACUCCGCACAGAGAAAGAUGGACUGAGGGACAAAGUGUCAGAGCUCCAGAUGAAACUGAGUGAGAAAGAAGCAGAGAUAGAGCAGGAGCAGGGGGUGGUGUUUGAGUUGCGCACAUUAAAUCACUCUCUACGGCAAAAAGCUCUGAACAUGGGAGAGGAGAGCAUACUGGACAGUACGCACAUACAGCCUUUGUCUCUUCUUAGUGAAAUUCAGCAAACACAGGCUAAAGAGGCUUUACUGGCUCACUCAACAGUCCUACAUGCAAGGGAUGAGGAAAUACAAGCACUAAAAGAAGAGCUGCAAACUCAACAAGAAGAGCUCGAGUCCCUGAGAGAAGAAAUCAAACCUUUCAGAAGCAGUCCUGAAAAGCCAAGCUACAGUUUUUUGGAGAAUGAAUUGGCCAGUGUUCACCAGGAAAAAGAAUCACUCACUCAGCAGCUUCUGAACACCAUCAAACAGAAGGUGGCGCUCUCUCAAGAACUGGAUGCUUGGCAGGAGGACAUGCGUAUGGUCAUCAACCAAAAGAUGCAGCAACAGGAAGAAGAGAAACAAAAGGCAAACUGUACAGAGAAAGACAGUGCUCUUGGACUCCAGAGAAGCAAAUCUUUAAGAGUAAAAGGAGAAAGAGGGAAAGGAUUAUUCUCUUCUUUUUUUGGAGACAAAUAACAAAUAACAGAGGUUGCAGUUUAAACUGACAGUAUCAACAUUUGUCUUUGUCACUGGAAGCUUUUGUUGCCAGAUAAUGGACUCAAAAAGCGGCUCUCAACCUAAGCUUAUGAAAUGUUUACAGACCUCAUUUGAAUAUAUUUGAUGCUAAUAUUUAUAUGAAUAAUUUCAGAUCUUGUUGCCAGCCACCAGUGAGUGUUUUUACUGUAUAAUAUGUUGUUUUUUUACUUACUAUGUCAAAGCUGAAUGUAACAAAAACUGCAAAAUGUUGCAAACAUGUUAGACGGGGAUUUGAACAGUUUGAAAACAGGCAUUACUUCACAUACUGCCCCAAUAGAACAGUUUGAAGAAAAAUAAUAGUUACUUAUUGACCCCAUUACAUUUGUUCUCAGCUAAUAAUCAUGUUACCCACAGAAUCCCUGACUAUAAACACAGGAACAGAAACAAGCAGAGGAGAUUGAAAAAAGUAGUUACUGGUAUGUCUGCCUACUUGAUAUAAAUUAUCAUUUAAUCUUGCAGUUCAAGAGAAAAAUCAGAAAAUAAAGUACCUAAUUGCACUUUUUAUGGGUACAUAAUUUUAAAAGUGCCACUGGGGUGGUAUCAAAAAUUUGGUUCAGGAACCAGCAUCGUGCCGGUACCCGGCUGGUGUGAAAAGGCUACCAGGGUACCAUCCCAAAGACAAUCCUUUGUACCUAUAAAGUACUUUUAUUUUCUGAGUAUGUAUCAGCCCCUUUAGUUUCCAGGAUAACUUUAAAUAUAAAAAUAAAAAAAACGUACCAGAACUGUGAUGUGAUUGGGUUGGUAAUUUACUAUUGAUUUGUAUUACAUGCAGCCAAAAGAACAAGCUCUAUGACAGAAAUAGGAUUUUU